AGUGUGAGCCACCAUCGCAGUCGCGGGCUGUGCGGGGCCGAGCGGGGCCGGGCAGCGCAGCGGCGGGGACCAGCGGGCGCUGGGCAGCCAUGACUUCAGGAUCUGGUCAUGUGGACUCCAAGGCUGAGCUUACUGCUUUGCUGGAGCAAUGGGAGAAAGAACAUGGCAGUGGGCAAGACAUGGUCCCUAACCUCACCAGAAUGUCUGAGUUGAUUGAGAAGGAGACUGAAGAAUACCGCAAGGGGGAUCCAGACCCGUUUGAUGACAGACAUCCGGGCCGAGCAGAUCCGGAGUGUAUGCUGGGUCACUUGCUGAGAAUACUUUUCAAAAAUGAUGACUUCAUGAAUGCGCUCGUGAACGCUUAUGUCAUGACAAGCAGGGAGCCCCCAUUAAACACUGCUGCUUGUCGUCUCCUUCUGGACAUCAUGCCAGGACUGGAAACUGCUGUCGUAUUUCAAGAAAAGGUAUUGUAUGUAGAAGGUAUAGUUGAAAAUCUCUUUAAGUGGGCACGAGAAGCUGAUCAGCCAUUACGGACAUACGCAACUGGGCUGCUAGGAGGUGCUAUGGAAAACCAAGAUAUUGCUGCCAACUACAGGGAUGAGAACUCGCAGUUGGUGGCUUUGGUGCUUCGUCGGCUUCGAGAGCUGCAAGUUAACGAAAUGACUACGAAGCAGGAAAACAAACGUCCCAGUCCUCGGAAAUUGCCUUCUGACCCUCUGCUGCCACUGGAUGAAGAGGCUGUGGACAUGGACUAUGGAGAGAUGGCGGUAGAUGGGGAACAGGAGGAAGUUGCUGGGGAUAUGGAGAUCUCUUUUCAUCUUGAUUCAAGCCACAAGACCAGUAGUCGAGUGAACUCUGCUACAAAGCUUGAGGAUGGGGGACUGAGGAAAAGCAAAUCAGGGAAACAGCAUGAAAAAGACAACUUUCGAAAGGCCAAGCAAAAGCUGGGUUUCUCUGCUUCAGAACCAGAGCGGAUGUUUGUGGAACUGUCCAACAGCAGCUGGUCAGAGAUGUCUCCAUGGGUGAUUGGCACUAACUAUACACUUUACCCUUUGACUCCUGCCAUAGAGCAGAGACUAAUUCUUCAAUACCUGACGCCACUGGGAGAGUACCAAGAGCUGCUGCCCAUCUUCAUGCAACUUGGAUCAAGAGAGCUAAUGAUGUACUACAUUGACCUGAAACGAACCAAUGAUGUACUGCUCACUUUUGAAGCCCUCAAGCAUUUGGCAUCAUUGCUGCUGCACAACAAGUUUGCGACAGAGUUUGUUGCUCAUGGAGGAGUGCAGAAGCUGCUAGAGAUUCCUCGUCCUUCCAUGGCAGCUACAGGGGUCUCAAUGUGCUUAUACUAUUUGUCCUACAAUCAGGAUGCCAUGGAGAGGGUGUGCAUGCAUCCCCAUAAUGUGCUCUCAGACGUGGUGAACUACACCCUGUGGUUGAUGGAGUGCUCCCAUGCAUCAGGUUGCUGUCAUGCUACCAUGUUCUUCUCCAUUUGCUUCUCCUUCCGUGCUGUCCUGGAGCUCUUUGACAGGCAUGAUGGCCUUCGUCGCCUGGUUAACUUGAUCAGCACUCUAGAGAUCUUAAACCUAGAAGACCAGGGGGCCCUGCUAAGUGAUGAUGAAAUCUUUGCCAGCCGACAGACAGGCAAGCACACCUGCAUGGCCCUGCGCAGGUACUUUGAGGCUCACCUUGCCAUCAAACUGGAACAGGUGAAGCAGUCACUCCAGCGCACUGAAGGUGGCAUCUUGGUCCAUCCACAACCACCAUACAAGGCAUGUUCCUACACUCAUGAGCAGAUUGUAGAGAUGAUGGAAUUUCUGAUAGAAUAUGGUCCAGCACAACUUUACUGGGAGCCAGCAGAAGUCUUUCUUAAACUGUCUUGUGUGCAACUCAUGCUUCAGCUUAUCUCCAUAGCCUGCAACUGGAAAACAUAUUAUGCCAGGAAUGACACAGUGCGCUAUGCUUUAGAUGUACUGGCCAUUCUUACUGUGGUUCCUAAAAUCCAGUUGCAAUUGGCAGAGCCUGUGGAUGUGCUGGAUGAAGCAGGAUCUACAGUUUCUACUGUGGGUGUUAGCAUCAUCCUGGGAGUUGCUGAGGGUGAAUUCUUCAUCCAUGAUGCAGAGAUUCAGAAAUCAGCUCUUCAGAUCAUCAUCAAUUGUGUAUGUGGCCCAGAUAAUCGUAUCUCCAGUAUUGGCAAAUUCAUCUCGGGGACCCCCCGGCGGAAGCUCCCCCAUGCCCCCAAGAGCAGUGAGCACACACUGGCCAAGAUGUGGAAUGUGGUGCAGUCCAACAAUGGCAUCAAAGUGCUGCUGUCAUUGCUGUCCAUAAAAAUGCCAAUUACGGAUGCAGACCAGAUUCGAGCAUUAGCAUGUAAGGCCUUGGUGGGGCUAUCGCGCAGCAGUACCGUCCGGCAAAUCAUCAGCAAGCUACCUCUCUUUAGCAGCUGUCAGAUCCAGCAACUGAUGAAAGAGCCCGUGCUCCAGGACAAGCGCAGUGAACAUGUCAAGUUCUGCAAAUAUGCUGCUGAGCUGAUAGAGCGUGUUUCGGGGAAACCAUUGCUGAUUGGCACAGAUGUCUCUCUGGCUCGGUUACAGAAAGCAGAUGUGGUGGCCCAGUCAAGGAUCACGUUUCCUGAGAAGGAGCUGCUCCUUCUGAUUCGGAACCAUCUCAUCUCUAAGGGGCUGGGAGAAACUGCUUCUGUCCUUACCAAAGAGGCGGAUCUACCCAUGACAGCAGCGUCUCACUCCUCUGCUUUUACCCCAGUUGCAGCAACUGCCUCUCCUGUGGCUCUGCCUCGUACCCCUCGUAUAGCUAAUGGCAUCUCAGCCCGGCUGAGUAGCCAUACUACUGUAGGUUCUACUGCCACCUCUGUCCAUGCUCCGUCAAGGCCAUCUGCUUCCCAGGGUCCACUUGCCCUUCCAGGCCCUUCUUAUGCCAGCAACUCCCCUUUGAUUGGUAGGAUUAGCUUUGUCAGGGAGAGGCCGUCUCCCUGCAAUGGCAGGAAAAUAAGAGUGCUGCGACAGAAAUCGGACCACGGCGCCUACAGCCAGAGCCCAGCUAUCAAAAAGCAGCUGGACAGACACCUCCCUUCCCCACCCACGCUGGACAGUAUAAUCACAGAGUACCUUAGGGAGCAGCAUGCCCGCUGCAAGAACCCUGUUGCCACCUGCCCCCCCUUCUCUCUCUUUACACCCCACCAGUGUCCUGAGCCAAAACAGAGGCGCCAGGCGCCAACUAACUUUACCUCACGGCUGACCCGCAGGGCAGCCUUUCCGAAGUACGGAGGGGUGGAUGGUGGCUGUUUUGAUAGACAUCUUAUAUUCAGCAGAUUCCGUCCAAUUUCUGUGUUCCGGGAAGCAAAUGAGGAUGAAAGUGGCUUCACCUGUUGUGCGUUUUCUGCACGGGAACGAUUCCUAAUGCUGGGUACUUGCACAGGACAGUUGAAACUUUACAAUGUAUUCAGUGGUCAAGAAGAGGCCAGCUACAAUUGCCAUAACUCUGCCAUCACGCACCUUGAACCAUCCAGGGAUGGAUCUUUAUUGCUGACAUCUGCUACGUGGAGCCAGCCUCUCUCUGCACUGUGGGGGAUGAAAUCUGUCUUUGAUAUGAAGCAUUCCUUCCCAGAUGACCAUUAUGUGGAGUUCAGCAAGCACUCUCAGGAUAGGGUCAUUGGUACAAAAGGGGACAUUGCCCAUAUCUAUGAUAUUCAGACUGGCAACAAGCUGUUGACUCUGUUUAACCCAGAUCUGGCCAACAACUACAAGAAGAACAGUGCCACCUUUAACCCCACAGAUGACCUUGUUCUAAAUGAUGGUGUUCUUUGGGAUGUCCGUUCUGCGCAAGCCAUCCAUAAAUUUGACAAAUUCAACAUGACCAUCAGUGGCGUUUUCCAUCCCAAUGGGCUGGAGGUCAUAGUCAACACAGAGAUUUGGGACCUUCGAACUUUCCAUUUGCUACAUACGGUACCAGCACUAGAUCAGUGUCGUGUGGUUUUCAACUACACUGGCACAGUUAUGUAUGGAGCUAUGUUGCAGGCAGAUGAUGAAGAUGACCUACUGGAGGAGAGGAUGAGAAGCCCCUUUGGGUCAUCCUUCAGGACAUUCAAUGCAACUGAUUACAAGCCUAUAGCCACCAUUGAUGUGAAACGGAAUAUCUUUGACUUGUGCACAGACAGCAAGGAUUGCUAUCUGGCUGUCAUAGAGAACCAAGGCAGCAUGGAUGCCAUGAACAUGGAUACAGUUUGCAGGCUGUAUGAGGUGGGCAGACAGCGUCUGGCAGAAGAUGAAGAGGAUGAGGAAGAAGACCAGAAGCCUAUGGAGGAGGAAGAGCAAGAGGAAGAGGAUGAUGAUGAAGAUGACGAUGAUACAGAUGACCUUGAUGAAUUAGACACUGACCAGCUGCUGGAGGCUGAACUGGAGGAAGAUGAGAACAAUGAGAAUGCUGGGGAGGAUGGAGAAAAUGAUUUCUCUCCCUCUGAUGAUGAGGAGCUUGCCAACCUGUUGGAAGAGGGGGAUGAAGGUGAAGAUGAAGACUCUGAUGCAGACGAGGAAGUUGAGCUGAUUCUUGGAGACACUGACAGUUCAGAUAACUCUGACUUGGAAGACGACAUAAUCUUAUCUCUGAAUGAGUGAGGAGUGACCAUCAUGCAGGGUCUUGGCGGCAGGAGAAACUCCCUUCCCAGAAGAUGGAAGACCAAAUCUGAAGCAUCGCUAUCCUUUCCUCCUGGGGACGCCCUGGGAACUCCAGCCCAUUUGCUGUGUUGGUUUGAGUCAGAGCUAGUCUCUUGCUUAUGGCCACAGCUCUCCAAUAAAGAGACCGGGGUUAGGCCUCUUUCUCUCUGCCUUUUUUUUAUUUUUAAUUUUAGGCUGAGAUGACUCUGCAAGGAAACGUCUGAAGAUAUUUCACAAUAUAUUUUCUUUGUAUAAAGUUCUUUCCUAAAGAACAGAAAUAGUUUUAUAUAAAAUCAGAAAAAAAGGAAAAAAAAAGGCAGGCGUUCUAGUAAAGAAGGUAUGAGCUUUGUAUUAAUGUAGUACCUUGUUACCAUGGGGUAGGUGCCGGGAGAAAAAUUGUUUAAAAUAACAAAGAGGCAUUUUUACUCGACUAUUAAAUUAACUGAGAGGAUCAUGGUUUCUAAAACUGCUGAGUGAGAAUAUUUUUAUUUUAAAUGAUUUUUUUUAAAAAAACAAAACAAAACAGGCGUUUCCCCUGUCUGCUGCCUGUGUGUGUUGGUAGCCUUUGUCCCAGAGGGAAAAAGCCCAGGGGAUGCUUGGCAACUGAACAUAAAGGCUGUUUGAAGCAGAGAGUUCUGCUGUGCUAGGAGCUCUCGCAGGAGGCUGAAAGCCUGGUAAGAGAGAAGGGACUCUGGGAAGAAGCUUGAGCCCUUCCUUUGUGAUUCAAGUUUUUUAAUCUUUUUUUCUCCCUUUUGCCGUCUGUGUGGAAACUGCAAAUCGAAGGCCUUUUUCUUUAAUGUAAAGUGUAUUUAUUAAAAAAAAAAAAAUAAAAUCCAAAUCCCAUCUCUGUUUA